CUUUCACUCAUUUAACGUCAAAGAACAAAAAUCUUUUUGUUUUAUUCGUUUUACUAAACUUGACCUUUACACAUGAAUCAUGUAAUUAUAUAUUUUUUACAAUUCCCUGGUUUUUUCCUUUAGUCUUGUAUGCAAGGUUUAUGUUAAAAAAGUGUAAAUAACUAGAGGUUAGAAUUCGUACGUUAUGAAGAAACUUACAUUUUCGGCAACUUUUUAAAAUUGUUGAAAUGGAUUUUGUUAAAAGAGAAGACAAUAAUUUAUUAGAAGAUGAAAACUAUAAGAUUUAUAUGGAGAACUUACAAAAAUCGCACCAAAUCGACACAUCGGAAUAUCACCACAAUGCAAUAACGAUGGAACAAUUACAAUUGGCAAUGCAAUCUUCCCUAAACUCUGGCUCAAUCGUUCAUAACUUCCAACUACCAAUAUCACCUCGACAAAUGUCAACAUUAAUGCUCAAAACAAACCACCUUACCCGUUCGUUGAAUUUCAACGAGAUACCAGCACAUUUACCCAAGAAUCUUAACGAAUUGGAUCUUAUCAACGAACAGUUGAGACACGAAGAACUAAUGAAUCAAAACUUGAAUAAGAAUAUCGAUCUCGGACGUCCGUUAAAUGAUUUAGAAGUCCAGAAUAUACAUUUACAACAUGUCCAUGAUGAAAUUAAUAGAAAUUUAACAGCUGAUUUAAGCCAUAAUUUAAGGAACGAUGCACACGGAUUGAACGAUAUAGACUUGAAUUUAAAUAGACAAUUAGAUAGCGAAGUUUUAAUUAAUCAAGAAGAGUUACGGAGGAGUCCGACGCAGUAUGUCGAGAGUCAUGUUCUGAAGCAGCAUUUGUCACAAAGGUUGGAACAGAAUUUGGCCAGGGUGGACCAGCACGCGUUAGAUAGGUUAGACUAUUCGGUCAAUCAGAAGAUCGAUCAGAUAUUGGCCCAACGAUUUGAACAAAGCUUGGGCCAACGGUCGGACCAACGGCUCGACCAACGGCUGGACCAAAGGUUGGACCAACGAUUGGUGAAUUCGACGCUGGUAGAGCAAAGAAUGACAGAACAAGCUGAUAGCAUGUUUCCGAUGCCAUUUUACAUAAAACCUGAACAAGAUGAUGAUGCAUACGUUUUUUAUGAUAAUAUGAAUCAAGGAGUCAAUGCAAAUACAAUAAAUGGUGAACUACCUCAAGGGGAGCCGUCUCAAAGCGCAACAAAUAUCCAUCCAGAGCAUUUAUACUCAGUAUACAAUAACCACAUACCAAUACAAGCCUUGAACUCUUUAGAGUUGUACCAUAGACAACCGAAUUAUAUACAAAAUUACGCAGCCAGCGACGUGGUCAGAGAGAAUCCGCAGAACUUAGUCGUGAAUAGACAAUACGAGAACUCUAGCCCAUACGCGGAGGAAUUAAAAAAAAUACAAGAAGGCGGGAAAGUUGAAAUGUCAAAACACGAAGAGCCAAAGGAGAAUUUUAAACCGAACGAUCAAAACAAGAUAUUCAAUUACCAGUUCUAUGAGAAAAGCGAGAACGAUUCUAGUGUGAAUAAUAAAAUUAGCGAAGAUCCCGCGUUGAAUAUAAAAGGGGAAUACAGUUGUUUCAAAUGUAAAGAGAUAUUUCCUUCGAAGCGCGUGCUCAAACAGCACACGAAGUCAUGUGAAAACGGUAUAAGUGUUAGUGAUUUGGAGAAACUGGGCAAGUUUAGUUGUUCACAGUGCGCGUAUAGGUGCCAAUCGCCGGCCAUAUUGAAAAUACAUGAACGCACGCACUCGGGUGAAAAGCCGUACGCGUGUACGUUUUGCGAUUAUAAGUCGGGUCAAAAGAAUAACGUCGCGAAACAUAUCCUAGUGCAUAUGAAACAGAAACCGUUUCGUUGUCAAUUCUGUGAAUAUCGUUGUGCUCAAAAGAACAACCUAGUUGUUCACGAGCGAACGCACACAGGUUACAAACCGUUUGCGUGCCCGUUCUGCGACUAUAGGACAGUGCAAAAACCUAAUCUAGUGAAACAUAUGUACCUGCAUACAGAUCAAAAGCCGUUCAGUUGUGAUAUGUGCAGUUACCGGUGUGUGCAGAAGACGAACUUAACAAAACACAAGCAGAGGCAUCUCAACGAAAAGGACGGAGAGAAAAUCGAUAAUAAAAGUCAGAACAAACCGUACAGGCCUCGGCAGAAGUCAGUCACGUGUCCCUAUUGUCCGUAUAAGUGUGUGCAAAAGUCGAGUUUAGAGAAACACGUACAGUUCAAACAUACAGAUGUUAAUAAAAGUGAUUUUAGUGAAGUGACCGAAGGCAGCGAAGAAAUAUGUGAUACGAUACAGAAUUUGAGUGUUAAAAAGGACUCUCAAGCUGUUUGUGUGGAUAAGAACGAAGUGGCGGUACAAGCCUAGCUUUAUCUGUAAAUAUGCUUGCUUUUUUUUUCUUUUUUUUGGGCUUUUGAUCGUCUAGACGGAUAUUUUUAGAGAGAUAUUGUGUGUUAUCUGUGUUGUCCAUAGAUAGAAAAUGGAAUUCCAAUGUCA